AUGGCCAAAUUCGACAUCAAAGAGACAUAUCUGCGCUUUCUGCGGGACGACCCCGACAUCACCAUGCCUGUCGCGGCCAUUGAGGCCCUGGUCCAGCUGCUCAGUGAGACCGAAACCAGCACAUCAGCCGAGCUGAUUCAGACUCUCAAGGAGGCGAGCGCGGAGCUCAAGACGUCUGUGGACAACUCUAUGUCGCUUUCUGCAGGCUGUGAUCUGUUUAUGCGAUUUGUGUUGCGAAAUAUCCGGGAAUAUGGCGACUGGGAGGCCUGCAAGGGCCAUUUGGUAAAGAACGGAAGGCUGUUUGCCGAGCGAAGUAAGGCUGCUCGAAAGACCAUUUCGGAAAAGGGUCUAGCAUUUGUGCGGGAUGACGAUGUCAUUCUGGUCCACUCUUUCUCGCGAACGGUACUGGCCCUUCUGGAACAUGCUGCUAAGAACUUGGUGCGUUUCAGAGUGUUUGUCACAGAGGCUGCUCCUAGUGAUCAGGGUAAGCGAAUGGCCAAGGCAUUGAGGGAGAGAGGCAUUCCCGUGAGUCUAAUUGUGGACAACGCCGUCGGAUCUGUGAUUGACGAGGUGUCCAAGGUGUUUUGUGGUGCCGAGGGAGUGGCGGAGUCUGGAGGAGUCAUCAACCACGUCGGAUCAUAUCAGAUUGCCGUGCUAGCCAAGAACGCAAAUAAGCCCUUCUACGUGGUCACCGAGAGUCACAAGUUUGUGCGAAUCUUCCCUCUGGCCCAGGCCGAUCUGCCAGACACCAAAAAGAUGUUCCACUUCACUGUUGAGGAGCCCGAGGAGCAGAAUGCCGACAAGGGUCUGUCGCCAGUCGUCGACUUUACGCCUCACGAUUACAUCACUGCACUUAUCACAGAUCUGGGAGUUCUCACUCCAAGUGGCGUUUCUGAGGAGCUGAUUAAAAUGUGGUAUGAGUAA